AUGAACAGACGGUUCACAUCAAUCCUUUGCCCCACACAAUCAUUUUCAGAGGUCAACACUAAAGUCAAAGAUUUGGUCUUGAAAGGACUAUAUGACCAAGCUCUUAAGCUCUACAAAGAACAACUUCAUCCCUUUGCCCUCUCCAAUGAAAGUAAAAACUUUGUUAUGCCUUCAGUCAUCAAAGCCUGUGCUCAUACCGAAACCCAUCAUUUGUUGGGCCUUCAAACUCAUUGCAAUGUCCUCAAAACUGGGUCUGAUUUGGAACCAACGAUUUCUAAUUCUCUCAUUUCAAUGUAUGCCAAGUUUUCAGACCCUGAAAAUGCACGCACAUUGUUUGUUACAAUGCCGCAGAGAGACACCAUCUCUUGGAAUUCCAUGAUAAAUUGCUAUAUCCAAAAUGGGUAUUUCUUGGAGUCGCUAACAUUGCUAAAAGAAAUGUAUAUGACUGGUUUUGUUCCAAAGCCUGAGUUGAUUGCUAGUGUUCUUUCAGUUUGCGUCAGGACAGGAAAUAUAAGGCUAGGAAGAGUAAUUCAUGGUCUGGUUAUUGUUGAUGAAAGGAUGGAAAAGUCCAUCUUUUUGUCAACUGCAUUGGUUGAUUUUUAUUGGAGGUGUCCGGACUCAUUGAUGGCAUUUCGUGUUUUUGAUAGAAUGGAGUUGAAAAAUGAGGUUUCAUGGACUGCCAUGGUUUCUGGAUGUGUUGCUCAACGCGAUUAUGCCGAGGUGCUUGAUUUUUUUCGAGCAAUGCAGAUUGAAGGAACUAAGCCCAACAGAGUGACUUUACUUGCAAUUUUACCAGCUUGUGCUGAAUUUGGGUUGAUUAAGCAUGGGGAAGAGAUUCAUGGAUAUGCAUUUCGUCAUGGAUUUGAUUCAGAAUGUUGUUUCUCAUCUGGUCUCAUACACAUGUACAGCAAAUGCGGGGAUGCGCUGCGUCCUGCCAAGUUAAUUUUCGAAAGAUCAGCGAAGAAAGAUGUCGUUAUGUGGAGUUCAAUUAUUGCAAGUUAUUCUAAAGGUGAAGAUAGUGGUGAAGAAGCAAUAAGGCUUUUUAAUCAAAUGCAAAGGGAUGGAAUUGAACCAAACUCCGUAACUUUAUUGGCAGUUAUUUCUGCUUGCACCAAUCUAUCGUCUCUAAGUCAUGGACGUGGUGUUCAUGGCUAUGUGCUGAAAUCGGGCUUUAUUUUGGAACCAUUCAUUGGAAAUUCCCUCAUAAAUAUGUAUUCGAAGUGUGGUUGCCUUACACAUACCCAUCAAAUUUUCAAAGAAAUGACUCAAAUGGAUUCCAUUUCAUGGAGUGCACUUAUCAGUGCAUAUGGUCUUCAUGGAUGCGGUGAGGAAGCUUUGCAACUGUUUCAUGAGAUGCAAGAAACAGGGAUAGAGCCCGAUGAGGUCACGAUUCUUGCUAUUUUAUCGGCUUGCAACCAUGCUGGCUUGGUCGAAGAAGGACAAAAGCUCUUUAGUGAAGCAGCAAAAGAUGAUAAAAUAACACUAACUAUGGCACAUUAUGCUUGCCAUAUUGAUCUUCUUGGAAAAGCUGGGAAGCUUGAAGAUGCUUGUGAUAUCAUAAGAAUAAUGCCCAUGAAACCAAGCAUGAGGAUUUUGAGCUCCUUGGUUUCAGCCUGUAAGCUCUAUGGAAGAUUGAAAGUUGCAGAAAUGCUAGCACAUAAGCUUAUCGAGUCUGAACCUGAGAAUGCUGCUAAUUAUACUUUGUUGAGUAUGGUCUAUGCUGAAUCUGGCUAUUGGACUGGUGUGGAAGAGGUGAGGGAAGAGAUGAAAUUGAAGGGAUUGAAAAAGAGCCAUGGAUUCAGCAGGAUUCAGCUGAAAAAUGAGAAUUUGUGCUAGUACCCCUGAAAUUCAUCUAUGAUGCAACUAUAACUGAUUAUGCUCCAGCUGACAAUCCACCUCAGCUCAAGUCCAAGUAAUACAACUUACCUCUCAUCAGAAAUUUGGACGCGCAUUAGACAAAAUGGGUCACACUCAAUGCCCACGCCCAAGUCUCCCAUUUGUAACGAGCAUCAGGAGAGAUAGUUGUUUGACAAUGUUUUGGAGGAAUUGAUUCUCGGACUCAAAUUGACUACUUAUGCUGCACGCUAUAUACAUGAACAUAAUUGAGUUUUAGUGUAUUGCUGCUAUUGCACAAUUGAUCUUUCUAACUGUAAGUGUUCCAGGUGGAUCAGGCUUUGGCUCCAACUCUUUAC